AUGGUGUUAGGAGAGGCAAGCAAAAAGGAACAACAAGGACCAAGAAGCCACAAAGUUGUCGAUCCAACAGCCAACGAAAGAAAAGAUGAUGAUAUUGAAAUUCAAGUACAAGCCAUUGAAGCUAGAAAUCUUGUAGGAAGUAUCAUUAAAAAACCAAAUCCAUAUCUUGGAGUUUAUGUUUUAAAGGAAUCAUUUCCAAGAGUUACUACUGAACCCCAAAAGAAGACAACCAGUCCAAAGUGGAAUCAAACAUUGAAUGUAUAUUGUAGAAAUUGGACCAAGACCAAACAACCAAUGAAUAUUCGUUGUGAAUUGUACGAUUGGAGUAAGAGUGAUGAUCAUGAACAUGAUUUUCUCGGAGAAGUUACUAUUAGAUUUAAUGAUUAUGCUGCUUUGAAGGAAACUACUGGAAAGUGGUUUGAAUUAUGGCUUCCUCUCCAAAAGAGAACUUCCAAAGACAAAGUUUCAGGCGAUCUCCACAUUAGCGUUCGUUGCAUUGACUUGGAAGAGAAAGCCCUCAAGAAACAACGUAAGCAACAGGCCAUUCUCGAGCAGCAACAACCACCACAGCCUCACAUCAACACACCUUCCUCAAUCGAUCCAACAUUGGAGAAUAUCUCUCAGAAUCCACUCAAACUUCCCCUCAUCCCUCCAACCCUCCCAAUCGAGGAACCAGAGGAAGACAUUGAGGAUAUCAAUGUUGAGGGAAGAGGCUUACGUGAUGGCUUACGAAGUGGACAAAUCGGUAAGAUUAACUUUACCGCCAAAAAUAACAAGGGAAAAAAUGUACGAGUGCCACCUGAUCAAGUGGAGGCUGAGUGGGUUGGACCGAAUGGUAAUUGUGGUGUGGUGAAGGCUAGGAAGAAGACUGUUAUGGAUAAUAAUGAUGAGAAUGAUGAGAAUGAUCAACUUGAAUUGGAUUUUAUACCAACAGAUGGUCCUGGAAAUUAUUUAAUUGAAUUUAAGGUGAAGGGAAAACCAAGCAAGUAUGGUCCGAGACAAGUUACUGUACAUCCAUUGCCUUUGGCUAGAGAAGCUAUGGCUUAUGGUGAUUCAUUGUAUAAUCCUGAACAAAAGACAAAGCCUUACAAACCAAAUUAUGUGAAUUGUCCUGGAGAGUUUUAUGUGCAAGCUAAGGAUGAAAAUGGAAUGGAUAUUAUUGAAGGUGGAGAUGAAGUUACAUGUGAAUUGGAGGAUGGAACUGUUUUGGAUAUUAAGGAUAUUAAGGAUAAUAAUAAUGGUAGUUAUACUGUUCCAUAUAUACCAAAGAAGUCUGGUGUUUUCCCAGUUAAGGUACUUUUCAAUGGAGAACCAAUCAAUAAUUCACCAGUUCACUUGUUGGUUGAAUUUGAAAUGGAUCCAACUCGUACUUUGGUGACCGAGUUGUCUACCACUGUUCCUGUUGAUGUUCCUCAAACAUUCUCACUCACAACAUACGAUACUAAUGGUGAUAAGAAGCUUUGUGGAGGUGAUGAUGUUGAAAUUGUUUUGGAGAGUGAAUUUGGUGAUCAAGUAAUGACCUUUAUUUCCGACAAUGACACUGGCAAGUAUGAUGUUACAUUUGUUUGUCCAGUUCCAGGAAAGUACAAUUUCAAGGCCAAGAUUAAUGAUUCUCCAAUUCUUGCCGACAUUACCAUAACAGCUGUACCAAGAGUUGACCCUGGAAUGUGUACAAUAUUUGGAAAUGAAUUGAAUGGUGGAGAUUUGUACAGCAGAAAUGGACUCCCGCUCAAAUUCAAUGUUCAAGCCAGAGAUCAACGAGGUGUUGCUGUCAAGAGUGGAGGUGAACCAAUUCUCACUCAAGUUUACUAUCGUCCAGACAAAAAGACACAAAAUGGUAUCAAACUUGAAGCUCCAGAUAAUGUUCUGACCGAUAAUUUUGACGGAACUUAUUCUAUUGACUUUGUUCCAGAACAACCUGGUAUUUACACUUUUGAUUUGACACUCAAUGAUCAAGCUCUUCAAUUCUCUCCUCAUCCAAUGAUUGUCUCUGAUGGUAUUGAACCUUCUAACACUAUUGCCUAUGGUCCUGGUUUGGUGAAAGGUUUUGUCGAUACACCAGCCAUUUUCUAUGUGGAAGCUAGAGAUCACAAUGAUAAUAGAGUUCAAGAUCCUAACUUGUCAUUUGAUGUUACUGUUCAUGAUUCAAAUGGUGAUGAAGUCAAUGUCAAGCCAUUGCCAGUUGAGGAGAAUGGAGUUUAUCCAUACCUUUACACUCCAACUAAUGUUGGUGUUCACAAUGUAAAUAUUGCACACAAGGGUAAACCAAUUAAGGAUUCCCCAUACCAAGUUCCUGUCACUGACUCACAAUAUGCUCCAGAUCCAACCAGAUGCGAAAUGGGACCAGUUUCAAAGACUGGAUUUGUACACAAACCAAUCACUUUUGAUGUCAAACUGAGAACUAAGGAUGGAAAACCAGUUAGAGUUCCUGGUGCUACUGAUGUUACUGUUAAUGUAACUCCAGAAGAUCCAACAUUGGACAGAUAUCCACCUCAAAAGGUUAAGAUUACCGAAAAACCAAAUGGUGUACAUGAAGUUGAAUGGACACCACUCGUUCCUGGCAAAUAUAAUAUUGAUGUAAAGGUGAAUAGAGCUCCAGUUAGAAAUUCUCCUGCAAGAGGUAUCAAUAUUCUUCCACCAGGAGGAUUACUUGCCAAACUUACAGAAAGAUCAUUCCAAAUUCAAUUAUUUGAUGAUCAAGGAAACAAGUACACUGAUCCUGAUGAGGAAGAAUUGGAAUCUGUAAAGGUCACUUUCGUUGAGGAAGAAACCAAUGCUCUAACUGAAGAAAUCAAGUAUAACAUUAACUAUGUGGGUGAAGGACUUUUCCAAAUCAAAUACUUGAUUCAAAAACCAGGUAAUUACAUUAUUAGUAUGUAUGUUGAAGGAGCUCUUGUUGGUCAAACUAAGGUUCAAUCUGAAAACUUUGAAUAUGAACAAGAUGCUGAAUAA